UUCAUCUCUCUCUAGUCUCUGCAACGCAACACAGAUUCUCAGUUUAUAAGAAUCACUCAUCUGCUACACUCUGCAAAGAUCCCAAAAAUGUUUGCCGAGAUCUGGAGCAAGAAAAGGCUCUCAAUCAAUAGCAAUUGUGAAGGCCUUCGCUUCCUUACAAAGAUAGAAAUCUCUAAUUCAAACGUCGUUGUCAAACCCAUUUUCCUGCUCAAACCCAAAUCAAAAUCCCCAAAUUCCCAGAAUUGCUACCUCAAACUCUGCCAUCUCUGCAUCAAACCCUUGAAUUUCGAUAAAGAAAUAUUCAUGUAUAAGGGCGACUUGGGGUUUUGCAGUGUAGAGUGCAGGGACAGGCAGAUUUACAUGGAUGAGACUCAACAAAUGGAAGCCAACACCAAGAGAAUACUCUCCUCUUUCCGUCAGCGCUACGGCGGUGGCCGCUGUGAGACCACCAAGCUCUUGGAGGACUACCGCCGCCGCCGCCGCUCUUUCACGCCGCCGAGUGAAAGAGUUGUUUUCUCCUAUAGUUAAAAAAAUUUCACUACAGUAACUUUUUUUUUUUUGUUUUCUUUUUUCAUUUUCUUAUUUCCAUUUUUAGUUUCGUUGUUUCCAGAAUUUGAGAAACACGUGUACAAAGACAAUGAGAAGUCUGAGAUAUUUUGCAUCUACUCUAA